AUGUCAUUUGAUCCCGACCGUUACAUGGUCGGUCCGCAGGGCGCGCGUCGCUUGGGCCUGGUUCUUGGUGACAGUGACCCUCUCACAGGGAUUUCAGUAAUUCAACAGCGUUAUCAGGUGAAGGUUGAGAACAUCAAGAAUGUCUAUCCGUUGCUCGAGUCCAGCGGGAUGUCUAGAUACAAUAUUCACGCGGGUAUACUGGAGGAGUUGAGAGAUAAAUUCAUAAAGGCGAUCGAAACCGAGCAGUGGGAUCAGGACAAGUUUAAUAGUUUUCUGGCAAAAACGAUGUCACUAUUAUUUCUUAAAGAAUUGCGUCCCGUACUUCUGGCACUUCUUAGAAAAUAUCCUGAACGUAUAACGUCCGAUGUUUAUGCGAUUUUGGCACGUGAACCGUCCAUCGAAGUGGAAGCACCGAUAGAAAUAAAAAGAGGUUUAUAUGCUCGCGACAAGGUGAAAUUCAAACACGUCGCCCAGAUGUACCUUAUGCAUUAUGUUCAAAACCAGAGUUUAAGUAUGAUGGCAAGAGAAAUGAGGGGGAUAAAUGUCAACGAUGCGUUGGACAAACGACUGGAAGAUCAUGGAUUACGAUCGAUUAUUAAUUUGGUUCACGAAAGCUCCGAUCUCUUCGACGAUCUGUUACAUAUUAUAAGAGAAUGGCACAAAGAAUUCGGCGUCUCAAAGAUAUGUUCGUUUCGAUUCGAUUUCUUCAUGGGGAUGCAAAAGGCUGGAAGAAUUCAAAUGUGUAAAAAGGAUCAUUCCUACACCACCAUUUGGUACAUCAACGGUGGAAUAAGGAAAGGCAUAGACUUGCCUUGUAUCAACCAGAUAAAUCUACUUUGCGCAAAAUAUAAGAAGAAUACCUCCCGAGAUUUUGGCGAUAUCGCAAUGAUUUUCCAAGAUCCCAUUGUUUACAAUGUUUUCGCCGCGAAGAUAGUUGAGAUCUUGAGGAAAUAUGUCGAUGACGCCUACAGAAAGAACCCGGAGAAGUCCAAUUUGGACAUGAAAAAUCCGGCAAAAUACGUACACAACAUAGUAAACUCGAUAACGAAAGAAAAAGACUCAACACUCAAGUGGUUGUCGUCUAUGAUUAAUCUUGGAAGCAAUUCGCACACGAUGAUGAUUAACAAGGUCUUUAGUAUGCCACAAGUGAAUGAAGAAAUUUACACAAAGUUCUAUAAGCAAUUGUUGGUCUUGAUGUUUGAUGAUAAAGGACGUCACACAAGUACGAUCAACAUGUUCAAGGCCAGUGAAACUACCGAAGACGAAAAUGACGUGCCACCGAUAGUCAGCUCUCCAAACCAAUUUGGUGAAACCGAGAUUAGUUUGCUGAAGCGCAGUGACAUGGCUAGAAAGGUAUUUUGUCAUUACAUGCUCGAGCGUUGCGAGAAGGGUGACAUCAUUUCCCUGCGACGUUCCCUGGAAUAUUUUCGGGCUACUAUGCCAUUUUCCGAAAAUUCAAAUAUUUUGCAUGUUGAAUUAUACGAGUCCGCGUUGCAAACUCUCAUCACCCUAAUCAUCAAGUAUCAUCGAGUUCGCACACUCUCCUCCGCAAAAUGGUCAGGCGUGAUCAGAAUUCUGGUCAACAUGCCGUGGAAGUCAACCAUACACGAGUUGACGGUCAAGUUAUUGAACGAAUAUUAUACGGAAGAAGUUAGCGCAGGAUUGGCAAAAAUCGGUUGCAUGGAGAAAUAUAAGUUGGUGAGGGAUUGGGCUGAAUCGCUCGCCAGUUCAUAUACGAAAAUUGGUCUCAAGGACUCUUAUAACAACUACCUGAAGGCAGCCAACGCGUUGCUCUACAAACUCAAUCAUGAGGUAACGUUUGCUAGCAAAGAUGCCGUGAGGUCGAAGCCAACCAACAGCGCCCGUUUAUUCCAGCAGCUCAAGUCUUGCGUACAGAGGCUGGAAGAUAUCCUCCAGAACCGAACGACAAACGGCAUCCCUUCUCCGAAACCCUCUUUCACCUCUGACAUCGCCACCUCGAUUCUCACAAACAACCCCCCUUCCAUGCACUUGCCUAUGAUUCCUUUUUCCCCACUCACUCGUCAAUCCAUCUAUUACGCCCAUGAUCUUGCCACCACCUCCCAGAAAGUAUCUGUUGCCUCGCAAAAAAGCUCUGAAAACCAGGACGACCUUGCUUCCGUUCGUAAGCUGAACGAGGAACUUAGUCAACAUAGGGCCAGACUUGAUAAGGUUAACAGUCAUAUUCAAUCCAUCGCCGAAGUUACGCUAUUGCAUUGGGAUGUUGAUGCAGUUGCCCAACAGUUAACCAUAAUCGACAGCCAGUUGUAUGGUAAAGUGGAUUUCCGAAAGGAUUUGCUGUCCAAAGAUCGAAAAAAUUCUAAAGCGCAAGCAUGCUUGGAUUUCCAUCGAUACUUGACAAACAGUUUCUCCCAUCAGUUCAUUAUUUAUGCCGAGAUCAGUCGAUCUUCGGGAAACCAAUCGCGUGGCACCUCACACACUCGGGACAACAUAAUUGCGCACGCCGUUAGAAUAGCUUACCUUCUGUUACAUGUUCACCGUAAUUUCAAUAGCUUCGCCGCUUUGAUGAAAUCCCUCACUUCACCUGAGGUGCGAAGAGUAAAACGGUUGUGGAACGGCCUCUCCGGUCGCGUUCCCCAAAUUCUGAAAGAAAUGUCUAUGUACAUUAAGAAGGACAACAAUUACAAAGCCUACAAUGAAGCACUAAUCCAAAAGAUAGACGAGUUUCGGGAAAGUGGCGAGGGGAUGAUUGUUAUCCCAUGGAUGCAACCUCACUAUGAAGAGAUCAAGACAAUCACUCAAUCAUACUCCAGCGGGAAAUCGGGCGAUCCCUCGGACGUCAUCCUCUCGGCCCCGGGUGCGCUCAGAUUGGAAUCCAUCUUCACUCUACUGCAGAAAUGUCAGACGAAUGUCGCGCCUGACGAUGACGAGGAAUGGGGUAUCGGAAGGAAAGGGUCACCGCUGGUAUCACGCGGUAGAGAUACCAAUCACAUCGUUGUCGAUGGAACCACGAUUACGCUACCGUUAGAUCUUUCGUGCCUGGGAUUUGGAGACCUGGGCGUGGGUCAAUAUGAUCUCGGAAGCGACGACAGUGGUGACAACGCGGAAGCAACUACAUCGACGAUCAACAAGAAUGAUAUUGCCACCAGUUCAACUUCACAGACGAAGCCAUAUGAGAUGUCUGCGGAAAGCAAUGCUAGACCGGAAGUUACGAAUAUUUCAUCCUUGAUCACCACCACCAAGAUGGAAUUGAAUGAACUAUCUUCAAAACCAAGUGUCGAUUCCAUUGGUAUAUUAUCGUUUGAGGAAACGUCUAAGCCUCAUGAGGAUACGGCCAUGUCUUACAUGAUCAGGUCAACAGAAGAGUCCCUGACCCAAAUGGAUUCUAUGAAACCCGAGUCAAGUGACACUAACAGGACAACUACCCCACUUCUGUCACCGGCAUCUCUUUCGGUUGCCAAAAAUCUUAAUCCACGUGCGCCAGUCUUUGUUCCUCGAUCGCAGAGUUUCUCUAGUUCGUCCUCGGCCACCAUUCAAGGCGCAAUAGACAAAAUUAACGCAAUGACGAAAGAAUCAAGUGAAAUGGGAGAGACGGGUCAACCUCGUAAGGCCAUUAGCUUACCACCAACCCGAAUUGGAGAAAAUGAAUCAAGUGCAAAUAAUGAGGAAGAAGAAGACGAUGAUGGAUUUGUCUACCCUUGA